UUUACCAUGCGUAGACGCACAUGUGCGUCCUAAUUUUAGAAGCUCUUAUCCUCACAGUCGCUUAUAUGCGGCGAGAUAAGCAAGCCCUAUAUCCUCAGUAGCGCAGAUAAGCGACUUCCCCUAGUAUCGAUGUAUACUUGAAGACGCACAUUUGCGACAAUUUACCGAUGUUACAAAAGUGAUGAUUGGAUAUUUUUACGAUCAUGUGAUUCUAAAAUACCAAUAACACUGACUGAGACAAAUGUUCGGCCUAACUUACUACGUCAUUAUUUUCCAAAUAUGGGGAUGGGAAUUCCUUUGUUUCAGAGAGUAAACACGAUCGAGUAUUUUUGGAGAAGCAUGUUUACAUCAAAAUGGCGGAUGAAGAUAGUGAUAAUUUCUCGGAGCUCUCUUAUGAUUUUUUUGAUGAAGAUUUAAAUGAUGAUGGUACCAAAGAUAAUGAAAGUGAUAUAUCUGUUUCCCCUUUGUCUACGCCUGAUAAUUCACCGGAAAAUUCUAGCAGUUCUGAGGAAGAAAGUGAUGACGAGGAUUUGGCAUGGCGGUCAGUGCUGAGAAAACCGGUAAACAAAACUUUUUCUGAGUCCGUUGGUGCAACUUUUACUCUCGAUGCAGGACAAAAUGAACUUGAUUUCUUUAUGAGAUUUUUUUCUGAAGAUAUGAUUAAACUAUUGGUGACAGAAACAAAUAAAUAUGCCGAACAAUGCCAAGAAACAAAGCCCGACCGUAACUGGAAAGACGUUGAAAUGGAGGAAAUGAAAGCAUUCUUAGGCAUUCAUGUUUAUUUGUCAAUUGUGCAACUGCCUUCAUAUACAUUAGCCUGGAGUCAACAGUGGCCUUUUGGAAGUCCAUCCAUACCUAAUAUAAUGACUAGGAGUCGUUUUGAACUUCUUAGCAAAUAUCUACAUUGCAAUGAUGUCACACAAAACCCACCUAGAAGAACACCUGGACAUGACAAAUUGUGUCACAUCAGACCUGUCUUGGAUUAUGUACUGAAUAAAUGUGUCGAAAACUAUCAACCACACUGUGAACAAAGUGUAGAUGAAGGAAUGAUUGCUUACAAAGGCAGACUUUCAUUCAAACAGUACCUGCCAGCUAAACCAACUAAAUUUGGUAUAAAGGUAUGGGAAAGAGCGUCUCCCCGUAACGGAUAUUGUCACGAGUUUCAAAUUUACACGGGAAAAGUGGACAGAGAAAAAACAGAAGAAGGUCUAGGAGAGCGGGUUGUCAAAGAUUUAACAAGAAAAAUUAUCAACAAAGGACACCAUAUUUAUAUGGACAAUUUCUUCUCUUCUCCUAAGCUAUUUUCGUCCUUAUUCAAAGAAGAUUUGUACUGCUGUGGGACGGUCCGAGGAAAUCGAAAAGGUAUGCCAGAAGGCAUUAAAAGCUGCAAAUUAAAGAAUCAUGGGGAAUAUAAAAUCAUGCAGAAAAAUGAGCUAUGUGCAACAGCAUGGAAGGACAAAAAGAUGGUUUUUUAUUUGUCCACUAAUUGUGACCCAAACGAAAAGAUCACAGUACAGAGAAAGCAAAAAGAUGGAUCCAAAAAGGAUGUGCCAUGCCCAAUUAUUGGUCAGCAAUAUAACAAAUUCAUGUUUGGUGUUGAUCGAGCUGACCAAUUACGGAUGCAAUAUUCGACCUGUAGGAAGUCUAAGAAAUGGUGGAAAUAUCUACUAUGGUUUCUCUUUGACAUUUGUGUUGUAAACGCAUUUAUUUGCAUGAAAGAGUCUGUGAAUCACGUCAUAAAAACAAAAAAAGGAAGAGAAGUGGCCAGGACUCAACUAAGUUUUAGGAUGCAGCUCAGUCGGCAACUUAUAGGGACAUACCGGGGUUCAAGAAAAAGAAAAUCCAAGUCCAACAUUGACCCUUCUGGCCUUGCACACUGGCCUGUGAAACAUCAGAAGAGGGGCAGGUGCAAACAGUGUGCAAUUGACAAAAAAAGACAUGAUGUGUUUAUUCAAUGUAAACAAUGUGCAGUGUUUCUCUGCAUUGACAACAAUUGUUUUGAAAAAUGGCAUUCCAAAUAAAUAAAUAAAUAAAGUGUGAAAGUUAGAGAAACAUUGAGAUUAAUUUCUGUAAGAAAGCAGCUGAUUUCAUCAUAAAUUAAAUAUGUUUUGACUGUAAAUUAUAGCAUCUGAUAGAUGAAUAUUGUCUCAACAUUUCAUGUUAUACAUGUUAUUUAGAAAUGUGAAUAGAUAAAAAGAUAAUCAUCAAUAAACAAGUCUACUACAGCUCUGUGUCUUAAUUUUAGCACAGCUGGAAUUUAUCUCUGGUAGUGAGCUAGUAAACAAGCGCUGAAACGCAGCCUGAGUUCUUAUCAGCAGCAGGCUAUCUGAUAAGGAUAGUGUGGCAGUUAAAGAGUUAAG